UCUUCGCUGUGCCGCCGCCUGCCCAGCCUGUGCUGAACAUGACAAAAAGCGAGAGGAUGGAGCGAGGGAAGUAAAUCCCUGCUGUUUCAUUCCUCACAGCCACUUUUUCUUGCUUGUUUUUGGAAGACGGAGCGGGGUUUGGAUACAGGAAAAGCAUUAGUAGUUGAGAGCAGCUGUCUGUCUGGUUUAGAGGCGCAGCCCACAGCAGUUCAGAUCAGAUUUCACAUUCAGCUUCGACCAGCUCAGCUGAGAGCAGCAACCAGAGAGGGCUCGUUGCUCCGCUCUCUCCCUCUCCAACGCCACCUUUUUUCUUUUUCUUUUUUUUUCUCCCCUGUUGGCGGAGCGUCUCUAAAACGCUCAUAGGAAGAAGUACCAGGAUUUAUUUCCCCCUCUUCUCCGUCCUCCCUUCUUCUCCUCUUCUUUUUUCUUUUUCUUUUUCUUUUUUUUUUUUUUACUGUAUUUAUUUUUUACAGGAAAUUAUCAGCGUGGGCGACAAAUAGAAUUAGAUUUAAAAAAUAAAGGGCGGCCGAAGACAUGGACGAGCAGCCGAGGUUGAUGCACUCUCACACGGGGGUAGGCAUGGCGGGGCACCCCGGCCUGCCGCAGCACUUGGAAGGCACCGGAGGAGCCGACGGCGACGGGAGGAAGCAGGACAUUGGAGACAUUUUACAGCAAAUUAUGACCAUCACGGACCAAAGUCUGGACGAAGCCCAGGCCAGGAAACACGCUCUCAACUGUCACAGAAUGAAGCCGGCCCUUUUCAACGUUCUGUGCGAAAUCAAAGAAAAAACAGUGCUCAGCAUCCGCGGCGCCCAGGAGGAGGAGCCUCCGGACCCCCAGCUCAUGCGCCUGGACAACAUGCUGCUGGCGGAGGGCGUGUCAGGGCCGGAGAAAGGCGGGGGCUCGGCAGUGGCGGCAGCGGCCGCCGCCGCCUCGGGAGGGGUGGGGGCCGACAACUCAGCCGAGCACUCGGACUACAGGGCCAAGCUGACCCAGAUCAGACAGAUCUACCACACAGAGCUGGAGAAGUAUGAACAGGCCUGUAACGAGUUCACCACCCACGUCAUGAACCUGCUGCGGGAGCAGUCGCGCACGCGGCCCAUUUCACCCAAAGAGAUCGAGCGCAUGGUGAGCAUCAUCCACCGCAAGUUCAGCUCCAUCCAGAUGCAGCUCAAGCAGAGCACAUGCGAAGCCGUCAUGAUCCUGCGCUCCCGCUUCCUCGACGCCAGGCGGAAAAGACGAAACUUCAACAAGCAGGCGACGGAGAUCCUGAACGAGUAUUUCUACUCACACCUCAGCAACCCCUACCCCAGCGAGGAGGCCAAAGAGGAGCUUGCUAAGAAGUGUGCCAUCACAGUGGCCCAGGUUUCCAACUGGUUUGGGAAUAAAAGAAUCAGAUACAAGAAAAACAUUGGUAAGUUCCAAGAAGAAGCCAACAUGUAUGCUGCAAGAACUGCCGUGAAUGCGGCUAAUGCAUCCUCACAUGGAAGCCAAGCAAAUUCACCCUCCACUCCAAACUCUGCAGGUUCUGCUGGCUCUUUUAACAUGUCAAACUCCGGGGACUUGUUCAUGAGCGUGCAGUCUCUCAAUGGGGACUCGUACCAGGGGGCUCAGGUGGGAGCCAACGUGCAGUCGCAGGUGGAUACCCUUCGCCAUGUUAUCAGUCAGACAGGCGGAUACAGUGAAGGACUCACAGCCAACCAGAUGUAUAGUCCGCAGGGCAUCAACGCUAACGGAGGCUGGCCCGACGCUCCCACCCCGUCCUCAGUGACUUCCCCCACAGAAGGACCAGGAAGUGUUCACUCUGACACCUCCAACUGAUCCUCCCCCCACCCCCACCCAUCCUGCAGGACUGGAUGUGACUUGAGGCAGUCGGGGUCUGGGGACAAUGCUUCCACCAUUUUUGUAGUUUUUUUUUUUCCUCUUUCUGUCUGGACCUCCUCAGCAGCUUCGCCAGCCUGCAGAGAGAACUCACGUCUGGGCUUCACAGUUUUUAUAUUUUCCACUCGUUGUCGAAGUUGCCUCUUUGUAGUUCACUUUCUAUCAUGAACUCCUACUGUCCGCUCCCAGCCCGCCGUCUGGCCACAUGAAACACACUCACGCUACCUCUGGUUUCAGCUCCAACACAGCAAGCGAUUCAACUGCUCCCGUUUAGCAUUAUCGUUCCCGCAGCCUGAUUGUUUUUAUGGAUCCGUUGUGCCAAAGUUCAGCCCUGGAGGUGAAUUUGGGUUCAGUUUUGAUCUCGUUUAUUAACAUCCUGCAGAGAUUCAUCCCUCUGAGCUUUUCCACAUGUUCUCUGCUUACAACCACAAACCUCACCGGCUUUUGAUUGGAUUUUAUGAGAUUGACAACAAAAAAAUAUGCAUAAGAAAGAGGUUGAAAAAUGUGAAUAUAUGUUAUACAUAAAACUUCUAGAAACUUUGUACAAAUAAAAAUCCGAGUAGUGCGUCAUGAAUUUACAAUCUAUUCAGCCUCCCAUGUUUCAGCAGAUUGGGGGUGAGCAGCCUUUAUGACAUUAAGACACGUGAAGCUACACGACCCUUCAAAACAAAAUGACCAUUUUUUAUCAUACCUUUAUUUAUGGUUUUAUUUUUGAAUGCAAAAAACACUGCAGCUUAUUUGAAAAGCAUCAAAUGGAAAUUAAUUUUAAAAAAUGAAUAGAACCUUCAAAUUUCAGAAAAAUUCUUAAAGGGGCAGCGUUGUUUAAAAUCAACACUGCCCCUGUUGAGAUUCACAUCAUGUUAUAUUGUCAUCAAAAACACACCUGGAGUGUUGCUUUGACUCUUUCAUGCUUGUUUGAGAAAUCCUUUAGUCUCCAUGGCAACUAUUGAGCUGUUCAAAACACCUGGGUGGACCUCGCUUUGCCUUCAAGACACAGUUCCUCCUUAGAGCUGCAGUUUCCAAGCUAUAGAGCUUCUGGCACACAAAGCACAACUACCUGACUCAGCUCCUCCAGACUAGCCAGCAGCAAUUAGCACUUAGUGGACCUGAGUAUUUGCUGAGCUUAUUAUUAGUAGAGGAGCCAUGUUGUGAUGUUGUGUUGGGUUGUGGUUGUAAAAUGACAAAAUGUGAAAAAGUAUAAAUAAUUUUGGAAGGCACUGUUUGUUGAGUCAUGUAGUAAAAUAAAAAGUAUUGAAGUAUUUUUGUCUCUGCGAUUAACGGACUGAAAUGACACAAAUUCAGACAAAUGUCCAGCCGCAGGAAAUAAAAAGGACCAGAGACUACAGGGAUGGUAUCAGCAGGUCAAUAUGAAAUGAAGCACAACGCCGCCUGCUGAUUGGAGGAUAGAAAUAGGAGAGGAUAUAACGCUAGACGUCAACACUCGGUGUUACACAUUCAGAUAUGGAAGCAAAUCAGGCCAAAAACUGCUGGUAACCAAAUCUGUUCUGCUGCCUGUCCACACAUGAUCAGAGCUUCACCCUGAGUAAGCACUGGACAGAUUUUGUACCAAAUAUUGAGCAAAAAUCAUCCACAACCCAGUAAGAAAUCAAAAGCGGGAAGAAUCAGGAACAUUUGGCACAGAUAAGUUUUUUUUUUUUUCCUCUUCUCUGUUUGUAAAGAGAUGCAACACUUGCCAACGUGCGACCUUUUACUAGCCGAUGAAAACAUGAACACUACUUUGAUACCAAAAACAAUCGGAUGAGCUUUAGCAGGACCAGUGAGGGAGGGUCCUGUGUUCAAAGCCAAAUAGAUGCAGUGUGAACAGAGAACCCAGAACCAAACGCACGCCGCUCCUCUGCCUCUGCUUCCUGGAUGAAUCAUCUGCGUCUCUUUGGUUUGUUUUGGUCUCAGCUGCGUCUGUCUGUACGUGAAUCAGCCCCACAGCGCUCUGUGUACAGUAUGUAGAUAUGCACCUCUUCCACAUCCUUGGAAAUGGAUAGUUUUGUUCUGUUGUUAUGCAUUCAGACCACAGACUGAAGCCUGCCGUCCUGACCCGCUUUUUAACGGACAUCGUUGCUUUUUUGUUUUUAAACCCAACGGAUCUUUUAAAUUCGGUCCCCAGAAGUCACAAAAUGUUUUGCUUUUAUUCUUAUUUUCUAAAGAUGUGUUUGUAUUUAUUACACUUGUUUGAAAUUGUGUAUUUCACAGGUCCAGCGGUGGACCCCCCCGCCCCCCUACCCUCCCCUUCUCACCUGCAGGGUGGAGGGGCGGGGGGACAGAACCUGCCUCACUCAUGUCUUCAGAAGGCAUCGGACAGAACUGACAGCGCCGGCCAUGCAAGGAAAACACAAGAAUUGUUUUUUCUUCUCCUUUUUUUUCAUCCCCAAAGAAGGCGCAACACUUCUUUUCACAUUUGCCUGUCAAAUAUUACCGAAGCUUCAUGUGAUGACGCUUUUUUAGUUUUGGGAUAUGAAAGGAAAAAAAAAAAGAAGAAGACAUGGGAGGAGAAAGGAACAAUUUGUAAAACAUGAAAUGUUUUAUUUGUUGCAUGUCUUUUUGUUCUUCAAUAAAAUAACGUACUGCAGUGUUUUGGAUGUUAUACCGUCGUUUGUUUUUUUUUAACGAGGAUUUCAGAGUAGAACCGUGGAACCUUUUUCUUGGCGGGUUUUAUCUUUUAAGAUCUCUGAUUAUGUAAAAAUAGAAAAUGCAAGUAUCAAAUUGAGAAAUAUUGUCUUUUUAAUCACAAACCAAACCUGUUUGUCUGUGGAGAACAUUAGCUGGAAGGUGUGGGGGGGGCCAGGGGGGGUUCUGCUCUUUAUUUGUACUGGCAAUGCGUACUCCAAAUAAAUCAGGGGGGUUUUGUUGUUGCUUA